AUGGCGGGAGACGCUGCUUCUGCCGACCGUGAUGACCUCGUUCUGCCGUUGCUUGCAGAAACCAAUGCUGGCAGCGGUGGUGAUGGCAAUGACCCCGGCCGCAGCACACAGGAAGGCACGACGCCUUUCCAGACGGCGUUCAACAUCCUGAACAUUUUCGUGGGGACAGGGCUGCUGGGGAUGCCGUACGCGAUGAUGCGGGGCGGCUGGGCCGCACUUGCGGCACAGGCCCUGCUGCUGCCCGUGUUUGCGCUGAGCGGGCAGCUCAUCUGCAGCACCUUCCAGCUGCUGCCCGCCCACACGCCCCGCACAUACCCCGAGCUGGGCAAGGCGGCGGCGGGCGGGGCGGGCCUGCGCGCCGUCAUGCUCUUCUCCUUCCUGGAGCUGUUUGGCGGCUCCUGCAUCCUCAUCAUGGUGGCCUGGCAGCAGCUGGAGCUGCUGCUGCCCGCGGAAGGCCUGGGCCCGCUGCUCAGCCCCAUGCACUGGGCCGCCGCGCUGGCCACCCUGCUGCUGCUGCCGCUGCUGUUUGUGGACCUGCGCCGCCUCAGCCGCCUGUCCGUGGUGGGCCUGGCCUCCAGCGGGCUGGUGGUGGUCAUGGUGGCGGCGCUGCUGGGACUGGACCCACGCCGCACAGCCAUGGCGCAGCAGCCGCCGCCCACCCACCACCUGGCCAGCGCGGGCAUCAUCCAGGCGGUCGGGGUGUUUUCGCUCAGCGCCACCGCCCACUCCACGCUGCCGGCGCUGAGAACGGCCAUGCGCAGGCCGGCGCAGUUCCCCGCCGCCCUGGCCGCCUCCUUUGCUAUCAUGCUGGCCGCCUACUCGACCCUGGCGGCUUGUGGGUACUGGUACUGGGGCGACAGUGCCUCCCCGCUGCUCACCCUAGACCUGGCCCACAACUCCUGGUACUCAACUCACUGCCGCGUGCCCCUGCACCGCGUCCUGGCGUUCUUCGUGCUGGUCAACACGCUGACCAAGUACCCGGGCCUCAACCUGUGCCUGCAAGACAUGAUCCUGUCGGUGCUGCCCCUGCAGCGCGACGCGGCCGGCGACUACCACCCGCCCCUGCACUGGGCGGAGCGCGGGCUGCGCCUGGCGCUGUUCUGCGCGGGCACGGCGCUGGCGCUAACGGCGUACGAUGUGCUGGGCAGCGCGCUGAGCCUGCUGGGCGGCCUGGGCUCCAUCAGCUGCAGCCUGCUGCUGCCCACCGCGUUCUACGCCCGCCUGGCCUGGCCGCGCCUGCGCGCCCCCGCGCGCACCGGCCUGGUGCUGCUGCUGGGCCUGGGCGCCGCGCUGGUGUGCCUCAUCACCGGCACAAACCUGUGCGACCUGUCGGCGCCGUGCAGAGCGUGGCGCGAGGCGGCGCUGCCCCCGGGUGCGCGUCCCACGGGCGGCUGGGCCAACCCGCUCGUGCGCUGA